AUGCUGUAUACCUCACUCCACUUUAACGCAUCUCAUUUCACCAAAAAAAUCCAAAGAAAAAAAUAAAAUUGGAAAUCCUCACCUUCUUCAUCGUCAUUGAAAAUUCAGUAUAUACUUGAAAUUCGAUACAAGUGAGCUCUCACAGCCGACAAUGGAUUUCUGGCUAAAGGCUCGGAGCUUUGCCGAGGAAGCCGCGAAGCGAUCGCAGGAGUUCACCAAGGAAGCUGCUAAGCGCUCGCAGGAGCUGACAAUUGGAGGCUCCGCCAAGCUGUCUGACGUUGUUUUGGAGGCGUCUAAGCGGUCCAAAGAGAUCGCCGCCGAAGCGUCCAAGCGGUCUAAGGAGAUCGUGGCCGAGGCUUCCAAGCGCGCGGAAGAGAUCAAAGUCGACGCUCUCAAGCGCGCCGAGCAGAUCACUUCUCAAAUUCCAGCCGCCGCGAUCUCUCACCUUGUCGACUCGUCGUCGACUGGCUCCACUCAAACAACGGCGGCGGCUGAGGCUGCGGCCACGCAGGCCGAUCUCGAGAGAUUUGGUGUUACGGAUGAGUUGAGAGAGUUCGUUAAGGGGAUUACAUUGAACACAUUCCAGGAUUUUCCUCUACAAGAUGAUUCAGAAAUGUCCUCCUCCAUUCCCACAGUCUCUAAUGUUCGCCAGGAUCUUACAGAGUUCCAGGAAAAACAUGCAAAACUUGUUCUCUCAUCAGUGAAGGAAAUCUCUAAACUAAGGUAUGCGUUAUGCCCCCGUGUGAUGAGAGAGAGGAAGUUUUGGAGAAUCUACUUCAUUCUAGUUAACAGCCAUAUAGCGCCUUAUGAAAAGAGAUACAUGGAAGAAGCAAAUUUAAAAUCUGCUGAUAAUGUAAAGACUGAGGUGACAGAGGACAAUGCAUCAUCUGUUACCACUUCUAAAACUACUGUUGAUGGAAAAGACCAGAAAAGUAAGAAGACAACUUCGUCAACCGAUCAGGAUUUGGAUGUGUUCCUCUUGGGAGAGGACAGUGAUGAUGGACCAGAUGAUGGGGAUGAUUGUUUUGACGAAGAUUUUGACAAGAUAUAGAUUGGAAGGCAGAAAUAACAGAAAGGAGAGGUCUUUUCUGUUGCCUAUCGGUGCCUGCUUCUGUACAAUUCUGGUUGGGAUUUGAGGAAGAAGCUGAGCUGUUUAAAGAAACCAAGUCGAGACACACCUCCUCUGAUAAUCCAUCGUUGCCAUAGUAUCUCAAAAUUCUAUGUGCCAUCUGUUUGCCCUUUGAUCCAUUUUGGUGUUCCUUUGAAUUGUUUCCUACACCCCCUCUUUAAUGUGUUUUCCCUGUAGUAGUAAGCUGGCAAGGGUAGCCAUAAUGGAUUUCUUCUUAUUCUUUUUAUUUCUUAUUUUUACUGGAAGAGAAAGGACGUGUAAAGUUGUUAUCUACCCCUCCCCCCCAUCCCCACACCACUCUUGAUUUUCAAUUUCAUAUUUGUAGAGGGAUAUAGUUAAUGCCCAAAAAAGCAUUUUACAUUGAAUCUGUAUGAGAUCCAUCUUUACGUCAUUGGAUUUUUUUUUUUGGUUGGUUAAA